AUGAAGACGCAACUCGUGAUGAUGACGAUACUUUUUCUACUUUUCGUUACGACUAAAAGUCGAAGAGGAAGAGCAAGGACAAAAACUAAAAGUAAAAUAAUCAACGGUCUUCCCAUAACUGGAAAAUUCCGGGAUCCAGAAUCCGAUCAAUACUACAACAAUAACAAUGGAGCCAAAAUAAUCCUUUCAUCUCAUUUCGAUUACGAAUACGUAUUGGGACAUAAAAUAGCAUUUUUAUGCGUUGCAAGAGGAAAUCCAAGACCGAGGAUAACAUGGUUUAAAGAUGGCAUCGAAUUAUAUGCUCACUAUCUCAGCCACGUACACGAAUGGAAAAUGGGUUCGGAUAAAGUCAAAUCGAAAUUAGAAAUCGAUCCUGCGACGCAAAUGGAUGCGGGGAUUUACGAAUGUUCGGCCAAUAACAUGUAUUCGAUAGAUAGCAGAAGUUUUAAAACUGAUUUCAGCAUCGCUUUCGAUUAA